AUGUUCGAGAGGCUAAAACUUAGGUUCCGGCGAUGCAGAAGACUCAGAGCCAACCGUUUAGCAGACGUUCCAUACCCGAAUCCCACGUUGAAUUCCGCAAUCAUUUUCCAGAAUCGACACAAUCACGGUGUCAAUCUCGGGUCGCUAUUCGUCCUUGAGAAGUGGAUAUUCGAGUCGAUGUUCCAAUGUGGCGGCGAGACCGAGCAUGCGGGGAUCAGGAAGAUGAUGGAUGCAAUUGGCUACGAAGCCACAGCGGAGCGUCUCCGGAAACACUAUGAGAACUACAUGGCUCACAUUGACUGGGACUGGUUGCAGAGCAUCGGUGUCACCGCGGUGCGUUUGCCUGUGGGAUACUGGCACAUCAACAACGGUAUGUACACGGCGGGCUUUGUCUUCGACGACGUUCGUCUGGUGUACAUGAGUGCUCGACCAUGGGACUACGUCAGAGCCUUGAUACAUGAUGCCAGUCGCAGAAACAUAGGUGUAUUGAUCGAUAUGCACGGAUUGCCCGGUGGAGCCAACAGCGAACACCACAGCGGCGAAGGCGUUGACGCCUCAUUCUUCAAGAGUGGCCGGAACAUGGAUACCGUCUGCAAUACGAUGAUUCCGUUCAUUGUGCAGGACCUUCGUGGGUUCCACAACGUUGUCGGCCUACAAGUCGUCAACGAGGCCGUCUAUGACUAUGCUGCAGAGGGCCAGAAGUACUACUACGAGCGUGCCGUCAACGCGGUGCGCGCGAACUCGGUCUGCCUUCCCGUCGUGAUCUCCGACGGGUGGUCGCCCGACCAGUGGUCCAAGUGGAUUAACGACCGCGGCCUCUCCAACGACAUAGUCAUCGACACCCACGUCUACCGGUGCUACUCUGACGACGACAAGUCCAAGUCUGUACAGCAGCUUACAGACGACCUCAAAGACACGGUCCGCCUCGAUCGCGACGCCGCAGACUUCGUCGUGGGCGAGUUCUCGUGUGUUUUGGACGCCGACUCCUGGGCGAAGACGUCCGGCGACCGUGACCAGCUCAUCAAGAACUUCGGCCACGAGCAGGUCCGUGUCUUCAACAGCAACGCCAACGUCGGCUGGUUCUUCUGGACUUACCAGUUCCAGCAUGGCGACGGUGGCGAGUGGGGCUUUGUCCCCAUGGUCCAUCACGGUAACCUCCCCAGCAGGCCCCGCCUCUCCAUCCCCGACGUCGAGAACCGUAUCCGCCAGAUGGUUUCCAACCACGUCUCCUUCUGGCGCGACAAGGGCGGCGAUCGUAUGGAGCACUGGCGGUUCGAGGAAGCGGUGCGCCGCACUGCUGCGGAUAUCCUUGCCUUCGACCGCUUCGACCAUUCCCGCAUUGGACGCGUACACUACUGGCGUUCCGUGCGCCGUGCCCAGUAUAUCCGCGAGCGUGGCGACAGCGACUUGAUGUGGGAAUGGGACCAAGGCUUUGACCAAGCUAUAUCUGAGUUCAACAAGUUCUAG